AUGCAAUUUUCUUGGAAAAAGCCACAAAAUAAAUUUAUUUCUGAUAAAUCUUCUUCAAAUUCAUUAGAAAUUGAAGAUAUUAAAAACAAUUCUAAUUUAAUUACCUUUGGAGAAACUAGUAUGAAAAUGCUUUUAGAAUUUUAUUCAAAGACUGCAGCUUAUGAAGAAGUUAUUCAACAUACAAUUUUGGUUGAUAUUGUUAAAGCAUUGGGUGAACCCUUAGCUUUAAAAUAUCGUUGUCCUUCCCAAACUACUUGGCAAUUAGCGGCAGCUACAUUAAAUAAAGUUUGUCAAGUUGGUAUUCCAAUUGCCAGGGAAAAUGUAAAUUUAUUUAAACAAUUGUGGCCGUGUUUGGCAAAUGUUGUUGAGAAUUUUCUUUUCUCUACCUCAAAAUCUUCAAAACUUCUCAAUGCUGAUGAACGUAAGAGGCAUGAAUUUGUUGAUUGCCUUUUAGUUGAACUUUUGCGUGCUGAAUUAUUACCUUUUGCAAAUAAAUUACCUAGAGAUUUUAUGAUUUCAAUUAUUGAUAUUCUUAAUCGUGGAUCUAUAAAUACAAUUGAUGCUAAUGAUGUUUUAGCUUCAGACCUACAUGAACAGCGAACUGAUCUUAGCCGUGUUUGUUUUGAUGCUUUACUUUCUCUUAGCCAAAUGGAGGAAGAAACUAAUAAACCAAUUUCUUCAUCAUUCUUUACUUCUUCUCCUGUACAUCCUCGUAAUGAUGGAGGUUUUUUACGAAACACAACUAGUCAAUCGCAUAGACAAGCAGUUGCAAGUGCAAAAAAUUCUUCAUCUUUGGGGGCUACAGCAAUUUCUUCACUGUUGAAUCGCUGCAAACAAGUCUUAAAUUGCUUCGCACGUGAUGAACAACGUUGUGGUGGCCAUUUUCCACCUUUACCACAGGAACGUGUUUUUGAAGCAAUUUCAGCAUUGAGAGCAGUUAGUGCACUAAUUGAUGGAUUCUCAAGAAAUCCAACAAGUGUAUUAUAUUCACAUUUGGUUACAUUACACCCAAAUUUGGUUCAACUAAUUCCAAGUUCUAGAUGUGACCAACAAUUAGAGUUAGCAUUAAUGACAUGCCUCAACUCGUAUCAGACAUUACUUCUUUUAAAUUUACACAUAAAUGAGAAUAAAUAA